AUAAUUCAGUAUAAAAAGCCCCCUCCCCGCUUCUGAGCCUAACUAACAGCAGAAGAAGAAGAGGCGGAGGGUUUGAUGAUAUUGGAAGCCACGCCCAAUGCCUGGGCAGGGGGAGGUCCUGCUUCUCCCCCUCCCCACCCCUCCCCGCUCGCACGCCCGCUCUUUGGAAGGAACUGGACUGGCUUCUUUCUUUCUCUUUCUCUCCCUCCCUCCCGACUCCCCUCCUUCUCCUUCGCCGCCCCCUCCCCAUGCACGCACAGAGCCCCGUCUCUCGCGCUCGGCCCUGCAGACAGACAGGGAGACAGAAGAUGGCUGACUCGCCAGGGCAACCCACGGUCCGGCCCGCCCGCAUCCCCAACCCUCCCAGAGCCGCUUUCUCCUUUGACACCCGUUGACGCUUUCGCCCAGCGCUAAAAGCCGCCCCCGUCCUCCCUCCCUUCCUCUCCACAACCUUCCCCCGAAAGCUUUUCCCAAAUAAUACCAGCAGCCAUUUCAUCUCUACCAAAGUAGAUACACACACACACACACACACAUACACGCGCGCGGGCGGGCGGGCGGGCGCGCACACACACACAUACACGCACGCACACCAAACAAAAAAAAAAUAAAAUAAAAAUAAAAUAAAAAAUGGCAGAAAUGGAGAAAGAAGGGAGACCUCCAGAAAAUAAAAGAAGCAGGAAGCCGGCUCAUCCCGUGAAAAGGGAAAUCAAUGAGGAGAUGAAGAAUUUUGCAGAAAACACUAUGAAUGAGCUCCUUGGCUGGUAUGGUUAUGAUAAGGUUGAAUUAAAAGAUGGAGAAGAUAUUGAAUUCAGGAAUUACUCUGCAGAUGGGGAGAGCCGACAGCACAUUUCUGUUCUGAAAGAAAAUUCUUUGCCAAAAACAAAAUUACCUGAAGACAGUGUUAUGUCACCAUACAAUAUAAACACAAACUAUCCAGGGCUUACCACAGGAAAUGGAAUCUCAGACUCACCAGCAGGAUCAAAGGAACAUGGCAAUGUACCCAUUAUUGUACCAUUAAUUCCACCACCUUUUAUAAAGCCACCAGCAGAAUACAGAAUAAUAGAGUUGGAAGAGACCUUGGACUGGAGGUCUUUUAGUUCAACUCCCUGCUCAAGCUAUACCAAUUCAGACAAGUGGCUGUCCAGUCUCUUCUUAAAAGCGUCCAGUGAUGAAGCACCCACAACUUCUGAAGAAGAUGAUAUAUCAAAUGUACAAAUCAUGUGUGCCUGGUGCCAGAAAGUGGGAAUCAAACGCUAUUCUCUCAGUAUGGGGAGUGAAGUGAAAUGCUUCUGCAGUGAAAAAUGCUUUGCUGCCUGCCGAAGAGCAUACUUCAAAAGAAACAAGGCUAGAGAUGAAGAUGGACAUGCUGAAAAUUUUCCCCAGCAGCACUAUGCUAAGGAAACUCCAAGACUUGCCUUCAAGAAUAACUGCGAACUACUUGUGUGUGACUGGUGUAAGCACAUAAGACACACAAAAGAGUAUCUGGAUUUUGGGGACGGGGAAAGAAGGCUACAAUUCUGCAGUGCAAAAUGUCUCAAUCAGUACAAAAUGGACAUUUUCUACAAAGAGACACAGGCCAAUCUUCCAGCUGGACUCUGCAGCACAUUACAUCCUCCAGUAGAAAAUAAAGCAGAAGGCACUGGGGUGCAGCUGCUGACUCCAGAUUCUUGGAAUAUAUCGCUAGCAGAUGCUCGGAGAAAGGCCCCAUCCCCAGUGUCUGCAGCUGGCCAAAUUCAAGGUCCUGGACCAUCCUCGUCUACCACUGCCUCUCCAUCUGAUACUGCCAACUGCUCUGUCACUAAAAUCCCAACACCGGUUCCCAAACCUAUUCCCAUCAAUGAGAAUCCAAAUAUUCCACCAGUUUCUGUUCAGCCACCUGCUAGUAUUGUGCCUCCAAUCGGUGUCCCACCUCGAAGUCCGCCCAUGGUGAUGACAAACCGUGGACCAGUUCCCUUGCCCAUAUUCAUGGAGCAGCAAAUUCUGCAGCAGAUUCGUCCACCGUUUAUUCGAGGGCCACCUCAUCAUGCCUCAAAUCCAAAUAGCCCUCUGUCCAAUCCAAUGAUUCCUGGAAUUGGCCCGCCACCAGGUGGUCCUAGAAAUAUGGGACCCACUUCCAGCCCAAUGCAUAGGCCAAUGCUGUCCCCUCAUAUCCAUCCUCCAACAACUCCAACCAUGCCUGGAAAUCCUCCAGGCUUACUACCCCCUCCACCGCCAGGAGUUCCUUUGCCCAGCCUGCCUUUCCCUCCUGUAAGCAUGAUGCCAAAUGGUCCUAUGCCCAUGCCACAGAUGAUGAACUUUGGUUUGCCAUCUCUCGCCCCAUUAGUGCCACCACCAACCCUCUUAGUGCCAUAUCCUGUUAUUGUUCCACUUCCUGUCCCAAUCCCAAUUCCAAUCCCCAUUCCUCACAUCAAUGAUUCCAAGCCCCCAAAUGGCUUCUCGAGCAACGGGGAAAGCUUCAUUCCAAAUACACCCAACGACACAACAGGGGCUAAGCCAACAAGUAACUCUGUGUCCCCCAGGAAUUCUAAACAAGGCCCUUCCAAGCCUUCCGAUUCAUCACCAGGCUGCUCAGGCCAGUCCUUAAAUCAAACCCAAGUGCAUCAGCAGCACAGUAAAAAUGAAGUUGUUGAUUUGACUGUGAGAUCGAGUAGUCCUGUGAACAACAAGUUUGGUUUUCCUACAGUACUACAGGGACCACAGGAUGGUGUGAUAGACUUAACUGUAGGUCACAGGUCUAGACUACACAACGUUAUCCACAGGGCUUUGUAUGCUGAAGUCAAAGUUGAACAUGAAGCUAGCAGUGUUGUGAAUCUGACUUCAGGUAGCUCAGAUAAAAGGAACUGCAGUGACUGCAGGAAAAAUUGCAGCCCCACCGAAACAAAGACAUUACCGGGUGGUGAUCCACCUCACUGCGGCUCCUCCCUCCCAGUUGCCUCUGGCACUCCAGAAAAUGCUGCAGCUGCAGCCUGCAAUGUCAUUGUGAAUGGCACAAAAGUCCCCGAGAUUUCUAAGAACUCAGAAACACCCCAAGAACAGAAAAAGACUCAGCUUCAACCCUGUUUGCUGGAGGAGCUGCCAGUGAGUGAGCUGGAAUCCGUUAAGGAGAAUAACUGUACAUCAAACUGUCGCCGAGAAGGAGAGUCUGGUAAGAAGACGGGGGAAGAGUCUCUCUUUGGGGGAGACAAACAAGAUCCGAACCUUAACAAUCCAGCUGAUGAGGAUCAUGCGUAUGCUUUGCGGAUGCUACCCAAAGCAGGCUGUGUCAUCCAGCCUGUACCCAGACCAGUGGACAAGACUGCUAUUGGACCCUGCAUUAUUUCAACGCCAAUUCUCAGCACAGGGCCAGAAGAUCUAGAGCCACCACUGAAAAGGAGGUGUCUCCGAAUUCGAAAUCAGAAUAAGUAAAGGAAUGCUGAUAUUGACAGGGUACCUUGCAUGGAGAAAGGGAGCCGAGCAAUCAGUGCUACUUUACCAGACAACACCAGCUGGUCCACUCACCACCAUAUCUGGUCAGAAAUCUAGAAAACAAAGCCAUUUCCCAUCAUUAUUUCUCUCUGAGGGAAGGCUAAAACCCGAGGGUGCCUUUGGGUCAGAAGACUGUAAGCACAUCAUGGACCCCUCAAAAGUACUCUCAGCAUUCCGAUGACCACGCCCCCUUCUCCCUAAACCUUUGGUUUUUUGCCGAUGGAGGAUUUUCCUCUGAUUCUAAAGCCACAUGGACCAAUGUAUGUACUUUUUUCCCCCCCUCAUAGACUUCAAGGUUCAAACAUUUGAAGUUGGACGAUGAAAUGGAUCCCCUCCUCCCCCCAAAAAAACCUGCUGUGGUUUUGCUGCUACAUGAAGAAUUGUGAUUUGCAUUGUAUGGUUUUGGACCUAUUCGCGUUGUAAUGGGAGGUGGUUGAAGGGGCUAUACUGGAGUAUUGACACUUCAGAGUCAUCUUUAUCUCCUACCCAUGAUGCACUUUUAAAUGAAGAGUUAUUAGAAUAUUUUAUUGGCUAAUAUACUUUUUCUGUGUUAUUUUUACAAAGGCCACCUUUAUCCUUUUUAAUGCCAUAUUUUCAGUGUUACACUUUUCUGGCUUUUAAUUUUAAUUUUUAUUUUUUUUAAUUUUGAUUUGACAGAUGUAAGAAGCAGCAUGAAUAGUUUAUACUGUGGUUUUUCAAGAGACUGAAUGCCAAGAGAACUCAGUAAAUGUUUAUUCCUCUCGGUUUUCUCUUUCAAUUCCCCUAAAAUAGCACCCCUUUUGGGAACAGAGCAAGAGUGUUGAACUAAAGACCAAAAAGAAAAAAGGAUCCCCUCAAGGUGUAAAACUAUCUGGGGGAAAUAUUUGCUGGGUGUUAUGAAAGACUUGGAUGAAAUUUCAACCCUGAUGGUUUUGCAAUGAUCCAGGAAGCCAGUGAGACAAUCUCUCCAGAUGUAAAGCUCUCUCGUGAUAAUUAGAAAGGUAUGGCCAAGCCAAUGAAAACACGGGGGUAAAGUGAGAAGCAAGUCCCCAUGAUUUUGUUUCACUAUUUGCUUUCUCCUGUCAUGGUUUUAAAAAAAUGUGCAAUCUGAUUCUCAGUUGGUGGGUGGAGGAUAACAGGGUAGGAUUUACUUGUGUGCACUUGUAUAGUUGUAGCCAAGAAUCCAAAAGUACACUAGAGCACUGAUUUGGUAAAACAAUUGGGAAGUAUCUUAUUUUGGACAAAAUAGUAAGUCGGGGGGGAAAUUGAGGAAGAAAAAUACAUUCAAAUCACCUUGUGAUCCAGUGUAACUGUUUACUAACUUGAAUAAAGCAAUUGUUCACACAAUAGUGAUCAGAGUGCACCUUCACUAUAAGGCUAUUGUGCUUAGCAAAGGGGAAAACAUUUGGGAAGGUUGUGAUUCAAAGAGCUUGGGAGCAGGGUCUUAAAUUAGAGCCAAUUAAAUCAGAACUUUGUAGCGAUGGUGCACUGACGGUACUUUGUAUAUACUGUAUUUCUAUAUUUUUUUCCUUUGUACAGAUUUACUUAAGUCAAGCUACUGUUUUACAGGGGCUCCUUAUUUAUUAGGUCUGUGAAGGCUUGGAAAAUUACACCCAACAAGCAAAUUCACUUUGAUUUUUAAAAAAAAUGAGACAAAAAAAUAGAUGUGUGGGAGGGAGGGCAGAGGGUCAGGGGAUGAGCUCAUGAACCCAUGGAUUCUCAAAACCUAACAAAGGCAAAUUUCUAUGGAAAAUAUGAAGCAUUUUUAAGAUGAUGCUUCUUGUUCUUUUUUCUUCUCCCUGACUGGUGUCAGAUUUAAUAAAACAAAAUAAAUCUCCAAGUAAAAAUGUACUU